AUGGACUCUACAACUAGCGUGGGCCGUGGCACAAACCAAAACAACCAACGCCGCAGUUGGACAGUUGAAGAAGAACGGGCAUUAAUCCAAGGAUUGAAGGAUCUCGUCGCACGUGGAUGGAAAGCCGACAAUGGCUUUCGUUCGGGGUACACGACUAUUCUUGAGCAAUAUAUGAGGCAACAGUUUCCAACAACAACCAUUAGAGCCGACCCGCAUAUUUCUUCGAAGAUUACAGUGUGGAAAAAAAAUUAUAUUUUACUGGCACCCCUACUAGCCCAGACUUCUGGUGUUGGGUGGUCUGAAACCGGACACAUGCUAGAAGUCGAUGAACCAAUUUGGAAAGAUUAUGUCCAGGUCUAUCCGAAAGCAAAAGCAUUGCGCAACAAGUCCUGGCCAUUUUAUGCAGAUUGGGUAGAGAUUUUCGGAAAGGACCGCGCAACAGGAGAGGGUGCCGAAGGUUUUGCAGAUGCGUUAAAUGAAGUCUUGACUAAUACGGGUGACGAUGGGCACCCACAUGUCAAUUCUAGGAAUGACGGGAUUGGUUGUAGCUUUGAAGGCAAUGAGCAUGAAACGGAGUCGUCUUCGCUGAAUGGUGUUGAGAGUAGUGCCUCUGGAAAGGGUAAACGUGUAGGCAAGCGCAAACGGUUUGUAGAGCCGGAGGACCAAGUGGUUGGGCUGCUAUCUACAUUAUGCGAAAAGGCCGACCAACGCUUUUCGCAAAUGGUGGAACGGAUUGGGUUUCAACACGAUGCGAAGGAGCAACGCAAGGCUUUGUAUGAGGCGUUGAAUUGUCUGCCGACACUGAGUACCGAAGAAAAGUUUAUGGUCACCAAGUACUUUUGUAAGAAUAAUGAAGAGCUGGACAUAUUUUUUAGCCUGCCAGACGACACAAAAGCUUCAAUGGUGAAGAUGAUCCUCAAAAAAAGGUCAGCUUCCAGCAUCACAAGCUCCACAAUGGAACGUCAUGAACGCAUGCUACUUAUUGCGGAGAGGUAUCGAGUCCCCGGCUGGUCAGUCAAAUUGACGUUCUCCAUGCAAAAAUAUUUCUCUGUCCUGAAGGUUAGAACGAAGAUCAACGCACUCCGAACCUACUUCCGGGAGUUCCUCACGUAUCUUGAGACUCCGGGUGUUGAGGUGCAUGCCGACUCGGGUCUUGUUAGAGUGAAUCCUACGUAUUGGGCAUACGUGGGCCAGGAAACGAAUUUUGAGUCAUUCUUCCGACAUGUGGGGUUCCCGUGGUACGACGAGUGUGUCGAUCUGUGGGACUUGAGAGAUGCGGCUGAGGUAGACAUGCAGGGAGGGUCCGGUGUAAGAAUUGAUCAACCAAUCAUGUUUGACGACACCGAUGAGAGCAAUGGAGCUAACGAUGAUGCUGAGGGAGCUGACGAUGACGCUGAGGGAGCUAACGAUGACGCUGAGGGAGCCGACAUGACGGAGGACAUGUUCGGAGCUGCCAACGAUGUGCUUGCACAUCUUGAUGAGGCUGCUGGAGGAGAUCCCGAAGGAGCGGAGGAACAUGAUGACGAAGACAUGGAGGUCCCCGCACCUGUUGAGGUGAUUCACAUAGAAUCCGACGAUGAGCCCGAAGAAAUGGACAUCGAGUCAGACGCCGAGUCUUGCGUUGACUCAGACUAG